UUCAUAAACCCUAGCAAACCCCAUUUCUCUCUCUCUCACGUUUUCGUCUUGUUCCAACCUCCAAGGCAUCGAGAAGCGAAAUGGGAAGCCAACAAGCAGCGGUUUCGUUCCUAUCGAACCUCGCCAAGGCGGCGUUCGGGCUCGGCACGGCGGCAACCGUGGUGAACGCGUCGCUGUUCACGGUCGAUGGUGGCGAGAGGGCGGUGCUCUUCGACCGGUUCAGGGGAGUAUUGGAUCAGACGGUGGGUGAAGGCACUCAUUUCCUGGUCCCGUGGCUUCAGAGACCGUUCAUCUUCGACAUCCGUACGAGGCCUCACACUUUCUCAUCCGUCUCCGGUACCAAGGAUCUCCAGAUGGUUCAUCUCACCCUUCGUGUUCUCUCUCGCCCUGAGGAAUCGCGUCUGCCGUACAUUUUUCAAACCUUGGGCCUGGAGUACGAUGAGAAGGUUCUUCCCUCGAUAGGUAACGAGGUCUUGAAGGCAGUGGUGGCUCAGUUCAACGCUGACCAGCUCCUCACGGAGCGUCCCCAGGUCUCAGCGCUUGUCCGGGAGUCCUUGAUCAGAAGGGCCAAGGACUUCAACAUCGUGCUGGAUGAUGUAGCAAUCACACACUUGUCGUAUGGUGUGGAGUUCUCGAGGGCAGUAGAGCAGAAGCAGGUGGCGCAACAGGAGGCUGAAAGGUCGAAGUUUGUGGUGAUGAAGGCUGAUCAGGAGAGGAGGGCUGCUGUUAUAAGAGCAGAGGGUGAGAGUGAGGCUGCUCAGUUGAUCUCUGAUGCAACGGCGAAGGCAGGUAUGGGACUGAUCGAGCUCAGGAGGAUCGAGGCUUCGAGGGAGAUUGCUGCUACACUUGCUAGGUCUCCCAACGUGGCUUACCUUCCCGGUGGACAAAGCAUGCUCUUUGCCUUGAACCCUUCUACCCGUUGAGGGAAAUUUGAUUGUGGUGUGUGUGUGCGUGUAACUGCAGGCGGAGUAUGGCAAGACAUGGCAUGAUCUUUUAUGUCUGUGAAUCUUCUUAAAUCAUAAAUGAGGUUUUAUGGCUUCUGUUUCUGAUGAACUCUUUUGUGAAAAGAAAUUUCUGCGGUGUUCCUGACUCUUUGCAGAAUUAUUCUUACCCUUGAAACGACUCUC